AUGUGUGAGUCAAGCAACAAAGUCAGAGUAUCGCCAUACCCGCUUCGGUCUUCGAGGACCGACAAACACAAGGCGUCAGAGUCGCCUAUUGAGACAGGUUGGGAGGAUGUGCGUGGAUGUCAUCCUUACAUGUGCGAUACGAGUGUUCGUCACUCCAAUUGUUUCAAGCAGUUCCGCAGAAAAACCAUAAAAAAGCGCCUAUACCCCAAGACCUUACAUUGUCCUCUCUGUAGAGGUGAAGUAUCCGAGACGACAAAGGUGACGAGCACUGCAAGAAGAUUUAUGAAUGCUAAACCGAGGUCUUGCUCCGUAGAGGAUUGCAAAUUCUCUGGGACGUUUUCUCAGCUUACUAAGCACUUGAAAACUGAGCAUCGCGGUAUUGUGCCACCAAAGGUCGAUCCACUGAGACAACAGAGAUGGGAAAUGAUGGAGAGACAUUCUGAAUACGUUGAACUCAUGACUGCAGCUGGGAUUUCGCGUAUGGCUGAGGUGAUGCAACAACAGCUUCCCCAGGAUCAGAAUCAUCCUCAUGUGUUUCAAGUGACCGUUAAUGGAACCAUAUGGAAUCUAAUUGAUCCGAGUCAGGGAAGGAAUGGAUUAGGCAUCACCAACUAUAGCGCAAUGCAGUUUGUACCAUUAAGCAUAAAUCACAGUAGAACUCUGUGA